GGGAGGCCCCAUUAGCUAAAGUGGUCUUCAGGUUAAGAACAGACGAAUUAAGUUCUUAACCAGAGGUCCCACUGUAUUCUCUUUAUAAUCAGUGUGUGUAUGCUCAGAUCCUAAAACUAAUUCAGUAGGUUUUAGAUUUGCCUAAUGUGGUUUAAGAUCAGGGCUGCCUUUCCUUUUGCACUUAACUGGAGUUUGCCAUACCCCUAUAGUAGCUAGCAAAUAUCUGUUUACAUGAAGAUCCCACAUGCAAGAUACCCCUGUCUUUGAUAGGAUCCCAUCAAAUAAGGCUUUUGAAAAGCACCAUGGGCCCUCAGCCAGAUUUUUAUAUAAGCCCUGAAACAUCUCCGCAACCAGCUCCAUAGGCUGAACAGAUGCUUGCUCUAUUAUCACCGUGGUUCAGAUAUACCAAGCAGGUAAGGGCUAACAAGAGCAAGUUUUGUUACGGGCCAAAUCUAAAGAUCCCUAAGGGAUAAUUUGAAAUUCUGGAUUACUAGUUUAUAUGGACUCCCCAUUCACUUCCCUUAGUGUUUGGCAGCAGAAAAGUGAAUACUACAUAGCCUUAUAUCUUUAAAUUUAAAAAAAAGAUGGGAAAUGAUUACAUUAAUACUUAAUUAUGAAUAUCUUUUACCCAAAUGAGUUUGUGUGAGAGAAUAGCCUUAUAUGGUUCUUCUUUAAAAACAAAAACACUCAAAAUGUGAUUUGAAAGGGUUAAAAAAUAAAUAGUACACGGUGAAGUGGGAUAACCCAGAAUUCUAUAUAAUUAUGAUUCCGCCAAAAGUAACAAUUACUCAAACACGAAAACAAGUACCGGUAUUUGUUGUUUACUUCUUGCGGACACCUGCUAGUUAAUCCUGAAUGAGUCAUAGUUACUGUAUUUUAGGUAUUUUAAAUGUUCUGCUUCACCACUAAGCUUAGAGCAAGUAAAGAGCACAUAAGGUUUGCUGCCCCUAAAUCUACUCUUUAAGAUACAGUGGUACCUCGGUUUAAGAACAGUUCUGUUUACAAAUGAUUCAGUUUACGAACUCCGCAAAACCGGAAGUAGUGUCCCAGUUUGUGAACUUUACCUCGGUCUAAGAAUGGAAUCACAACAGUGAAAGGGCACCGGUGGUGGUAGACCUCAUAAGGGAAAGUGCGCCUUGGUUUAAGAACGGUUUCGGUUUAAGAACAGACUACCAGAACAGAUUAAGUUCGUAAACUGAGGUACCACUGUACUUCACUGGUGGGGAAAGUGAGAGACAGUGAUUGAAAGGGAAAGGCAUUUGAACGUAGGAUCAAGUCAUUCCUAUCCUUUGAAUUCGUACCACCACCACCCCCAAGCCAACCACAAUGCCUUUCUGGAAGGAGGUAAACAAUGGUGGUACCUACUUUCUUCUAAACAAAUGUUCCUGAUGUUUUUCUCCAAUUCCUAACAGUAAUCCUUUUAAAUUUUGUUUAGAAGCAAUCCUACUUCCAUGGAGGCCACCGUCAGUGGCAUUUCCAGUUUCCUUACCAGAAUUUUAAUCAAAUCGAUGAGCUCCUGGAAAGCAAACUAUAAGCUCUACAAUCCUCCUUCCGGGUCACUGAGCUCCACGAGAACUACUGGAAAGCCCAACAGAAUAAAUCAACCAAAUCUUGUGAACUGCCAAAACGGCCAGCAUGUCGAAACAACGAUGGAGAUGCUAUUCCGUGCACGAGUACAACCAGUAAGAGCCCUACCGUGGAAUCCGCAAACUGAAUUCAUUUCUGCACUGGAGAGCGAGCAAACACCUCGCCUGGCGCUCUUGCAUGUUAAUGCGUGGCUGCGUUUAAGAAUGCCCAAGGCACUCUCGCCUGUCACUUAAAUACUGUCUAGUCGGAGGCUAUCACCUCGGGUGUCUGUCUGCAAAUGGUAUACAAUGCUUGCACACCUACGUAUUCUUGUCAAAGGAAAGAAUGGCCCACGGAUGGUAGUUUUCUUUUUAAUGGAAACCACCAGUGUGAGAAAAAUUCAGCCUGUUUUGUAAAAAGACCCGGAAAUGCUGGAUUGAUGGUUCCAGCUUUUAACUACUUUUUUGCUCUUUCUAAAGCAGCAUUGCGUAGUAACAUGGCAUUCCUAAUCAGGUUUGCGGAGGGAAGACUCUCAACUUUUGCCAGUUCACCGCUGAUAUGUCAAGUGAAGGGCAUUCCUUGACAAAGCAAUCUUGUAUCCUGAUCUGCACCGACUGAAAGACAAGAUGCUUCAGAACAAUCCACGGAAAGGGGAGAGCCUCAAGCAGCGAUCCGCCUUCUCCACUUAUCCAGCCAGGACGCCUCGUAGGCCACACACGCCUCCCAGGGUUUUCCCGCCUCAGCUGCCUCUUCAGAAAAGCCUCCUUGCAUAACGCACCUUGCGUGCUGGCAGUUCCCCUCCCAGAAAUAUGCCUAAGCGCAUUAAUGGCGAGAAUGGAGUCAUUCAUUCAAAAGAUCAAUGAACGUACAGUAGACUCACCAAGGGCCCAUGCCACCAGAUCAAGAGAAUUCAUAUCAACUGAGCGGCUCUCUUGUUUAACGCGCAGGACAGAGAUCAGACCAUCUCACUUGGGAGGAAAAGCCACGCAUGGAGAUAUCGCCAAGGGAGGACCUAGCCACUUGGGAGUUUGAACUAAGGCCUCAGGCUGCCGGGAAAGAUCGGAUCCAUUUCUGCAUUUUGCUUAAACGGCUGCGAGAGGCUGUGGCAGGGACACGGCCGGGUGCCUUGUUACAUCGGCGCAUCCCGAGUCCCGCGAGCAACAGGGACGUCCCUCCCUUUCACCCAGGGGUGCCAACUUGAAUAAAAUACUGGGGGGUGGGGACAGGUAAGCCCCGUCCGGCAUAAUCAAUCACAAGACGCUCCGUUUGAAUGUGCACCGUUUGAAUGGCAAUGUUCAUCAGCUUCGGGGCGGGCCCCUCAACUAUUUAAUUGGGGGCGGAGAAGAUACCUCGGCCCCUAGGAGUUGGCUCCUAUGCUCCCGUCAAAGCCACGCUUUUUCGGGAGGGGGCCGCAACCCCCCCCCCCUUCUCAGCUUUAAGCGGACCUCAGUCGCAGGGAGCGCGAGAGAGCCCUUUGCAGCUGGGAGGAGGAGGAGGAAGGCUUCCCGCCACGAGGCUGCUUCUUCUUAAGGGGCCAGACGGGAACUACCAGCGGCUCCCGGAGCAGGCAACCGAGUCUGCGCCUAGAGAGCCCCGCCGGCAGCCAAGCCCCGCCCCUUCGGUUGCCUGGCAGCGGCCGCCGCUGCCCCCUGGAGGCGGCUCCUUUCGGCUUCACCCGCCAGGGAUGCAAAUGGCGGCCUCGCUCGGAAGCCCCGAGGGCCGAGGCGCUCGCUCGCUUGAAAGGGGAGAGCGCCGGCCGGGAAAGCCUCGCGGGCGCCCGAAGCUCGCCUGCCGCGCUGCCCAGGCCGAACCUGCUGCUGGCGGAGGCCCCGGGCGAGCCGGCCCUGGAGCGGUUGGAAGGGGAGGCCGCAGCGCGCCGCGCUCACCUCCUGAGGCCUUCGCGGAGGCCGCCCGAGAGCGGGGUGGUUCCGAGGAGCCUGGCGGCGAGACUGUGGGCGGGGCCGCCGAGUGAGGCUCUGAGGAAAGGAGCCUUUGUGCGAGGCGGCGCUCGGGCUCCCUCUGGCGGCCUCUGCCGGCCGCGCCCGGAACUGCGCCGCUUGGCUCGCCCGCUGCCUGCCACGCCGAGGCGGGUGUGUGCGCCAGAGAGAUAAUCCCCCGCCACUGUGCAGCUGUCACACAUGCCAACUGUCCUUGUCAAGGGAGGACAGCCCCGCUUACGCGCUCGCUUUGCAAGCGCAGCCCGCUCGUCUCCACGGAGCUGUCCCUUUAGCAAGCAAAUCGCGCGGCGGGUUUCCAUGGAGGUGGAAGGGAAGGGAGGCUGCGGUGUGACCCCCCCUCCUCCUGCCACUCACGUUGCUUCUCUCUCCCUCCCCCCCCCCCGCCUCCAGCUGUAAAUUCUUCUCCUGCUGUGCAGGUUCGGCUCGCUGCUUCGUCCUCAGACCGUAACCGAGUCUCUCAGCUGCGAACUGGGUCAAAAAACUCUGGCACUUCCUCUUGCACAGCUUCGCCUUGAAAGGAAAACCUCGGCUAGUUUCAGUGGAGCCUCUUUUCCAAUGUGCUUAGGUUCGCAACCUUACGCUCCAGUGGUAAACACAUUAAUUUCCUGGCAUCCUCUUAUGUAAAUAGAGAUGCUGGAGCUCAAGUUUGUGUUUAUCCUGGUUUCUAAUCGCAGAUGUUUGGCAGGUUGCGGUUACUACCGGGGAAAAAAGCAUUUCUGCAUGGUUAUAUUGUUUCUUCAGACGUUCAUUGAAAACAGAUUUUCCGGGCUGACGGGGACUUGCUUCCACAAAGCUCUCUUAGCCAGAAUGUCAGGCGCAUCACUGUAAUUAUUGUUCAGUGGCGAAGAAAAAAAGCACUCUGCACCUGCUCAAACAC